ACAUUAACAUAUGAUAAUUAUUACAUAAAUUUUUAUUUCUACCAUCCACAGACGUAGAUAACACUACUUACUCAGUAACAAAGCGUUCGUCUCACGAUUCUUGGUUUAAUUUUUAAAAUUUUGGCAUAACUUUGUCAUCCUUUGUUACAACUGGUCUAAAAAUGAAAAUAUCGUUUGAAGGAAAACGAGUUUUAGUGACGGGUGCUGGCCAAGGAAUCGGUCGUGGUAUUGCCAUAGAACUAUGGAAAGCAGGUGCCAAAGUAGUAGCUGUGUCCAGGACGCAAUCACACUUAGACAGUCUUCACGCGCAAUACCCAUCUAUUGAUGUGGUGGCUUUGGAUGUUGGAGACUAUGAUAAGACCCGACAGGUUAUAGAUGAUCUGGGACAUUUUGAUGCGUUAGUCAACAAUGCGGCUAUAGCAAAUUGUCAACCAUUUUUGGAGUGUUCACCAGAUGUUUUUGAUAGAAUGGUCAACAUAAAUGUCAAAUCCGUUAUCAAUAUAAGUCAAGUUGUGGCUAGAAAGAUGAUAGAAAAGAAAAUAGCUGGUGCGAUCGUCAAUGUUUCUUCUCAAGCAGCGAAGAAAGCCUUAAAAAAUCACACGAUAUACGGCGCAACGAAAGCUGCACUAGAUUCUGUAACCCGUACCAUGGCUCUGGAGCUAGGACCCUACGGCAUCAGGGUUAACGCGGUCAACCCUACAGUCAUUAUGACUGAAAUGGGCAAAACAGAAUGGUCUGAUCCAAUUAAAGCUAAUGCUAUGCUUUCUAGAAUACCCUUGGACAGAUUUGGAGAAGUAUCCGAAGUGUCAGAUGCGGUGCUCUACUUACUGAGUGACAAAGCGAGUAUGAUCAAUGGUGUUGAGUUGCCUAUCGACGGAGGUUUCCUUGCUGCGUAGUCGAUAUUUAUAGCAUGGGAUGUAAAAUAUUCAAAUAAAUGUUGUUCCCUUUUCAAGUAAGCUCCUGGCUGACAAUAGACAUGUAUUUUAAUACGAAAUAAACAAGUGAUUUUA